AUGAGGGGUUUUGCGAUUGUUGUAGCAGCAGCGCUGCUGCUUGCCGGAGAGCUGCAUUGCGCAAGAGCAGCACCCUCACCAGCAGAGGCGUCGGCAACACCAUCUCCACCGCUGCCAACAGAGGCACCGCAGCCAGAAGCACCACUGCAGGCUCCUCAACCACCGCGGCGCGCAACAGCACCACCGCAGCCACGGCGACGGCCACACGGACCGCCGCACGGACGAGCCCCGCCGCCAGCGGUUCCUCGGGGGCAGGAUCCACCGCUGCCACCACCACGGCCAGUGGCUCCUCCGAGGCCCAACCCUCCGUCACCACCACGGCAGGUUGUGCCUCCACAGGAACCCGCAUUGGCGGCACCACCGCCACCGCCACCCAGGGCGAGGACCAACAAUUACACUGUCGGCUGCACUACACUCCUCAUAUUUGGGGACUCGACAGUGGAUCCUGGAAACAACAACCGUCUGAGGACGACCGCCAAGGCGAACUUCCUGCCCUACGGCAUCAACUUCUAUGGCCGGAGGCCGACUGGACGCUUCUCGAAUGGCAGGCUAGCCACCGAUAUGCUGGCGGAUAAGCUUGGCAUACAGAGGACUGUUCCAGGCUUUCUUGACCCGACGACGAAGCUGGGCCAGCUCAGGAAGGGUGUGAGCUUUGCAUCGGCAGGAUCUGGAUACGACGAUAUCACUGCCAGCACAUUAAGCGCGUUGCCAUUUCGGAGACAAUUAUGGCACUUCUGGCGCUACAAGCUACUGAUCCGAGCAUUGCACGGACCGAGAAGAGCGGAGAGGCUUGUUAACAGGGCUACCUUCAUCAUAAGCGCUGGCACAAAUGACAUGCUUCUGAACUACAUCGCAUCAAACCGGUCAGCUGGUCCUAUUGGCAUGCUGCGUUAUGAGAACAACCUGAUAUCACGCCUCGGCAACUAUACCCAGGUGAUGAGAAUGCUUGGAGGGAGAAGAUUCUUAUUUGUCGGGCUACCACCGAUCGGAUGUUUACCGAUAGCGAGAACAUUGCUUGGAAGGGGCCCAGAUGGAUGCGACAGCAACUUAAACCAGCUAGCGGCUUCCUUCAACUCGAGGCUGAUUCAGCUAUCGAAUUUCAUCAACUAUCAACCCCGGUUAAGAAGUGCCUACAUAGACACCUACACAAUCAUACGGGCGGCAACAGAUAACCCUCAGAGUUAUGGGUUGUCGGAGGUAUCAAGAGGGUGCUGCGGAUCAGGGAUGAUCGAAGUUGGUCAGACAUGCAGAGGGCGAAGGACAUGCCCAGAUCCUAGCAAGUAUCUCUACUGGGAUGCCGUCCAUCCAACAGAGACAACAUACCAACUUAUCACAAGUCUGAUGCUGGACUCCAUUGCUGGACUCUACAGCUAGGU